AAAAAAACGUAAAAACCCAAACACGUCCCAAAGUCUCAAGUCUGAACCGUACUCUUUCUCAUUGUCCGCGUUAGGAGCAUAUGCUCUCAACCCCUUUUCUCCAUUUUCUCCGAUGACUUUCAACGGCCACCAGCAAAAUUAAGCUUUAAUUUUGUAUUUGUAGGAACCCUAAUUUUCUAUCACUCAUCAUUUUCUUCGAAUUCCUCAACAAAAAACCUUGGGUUUAAUUUUCCGGUAAAACCCUAGAUCUUCAUAGAAUUCCACUAAAAAUCGAAAUUUCUUUUCAACUUUUUGUUUAAUCUUGAAAAUAAUUUUAAAGAUUUACCAAAAAACUAGAAUUUCUUGAAUAAAUAUGAAGAGUAGGUCAAAUCGUCUCCAAACAUCCGACCCGCCAGACGACUGGAUAGACGGGUCAUGGACCGUGGAUUGCAUUUGCGGCGUCAACUUCGAUGAUGGAGAAGAAAUGGUGAAUUGUGACGAGUGUGGUGUUUGGGUUCAUACUCGUUGUUUUCGCUUUGCGAAAGGGGAAAAAUCUUUUGCUUGUGAUAAAUGCAAGAAUGAUAAUAAUAACAAUCAUAUUAAUAACAGUGAAGAAACCGAGGUUGCGCAAUUACUUGUUGAAUUACCAACAAAAACAAUGAAAAUGAGUAGCACAAAAAGUAAGUGUUUUACUACUACAAGUAAUAAUUUAUAUAGUUAUUGUAGUCCGCCUCCACCUCCUCCGCCUCCACCACGAAGACCUGUUUAUCCUUUAUGGGCGACUAGACCGAUGGAGGAGAAAGUUCAUGUACAAGGUGUACCUGGUGGUGACGAUGAUUCUAGUUUGUUUCAAGAUUUUCCAAUUGCAUUUGCUUCGCAGUUGUGGAAAUCUACUGGUUAUGUACCAAAAAAGUUUAAUUUUACUUAUAAGGAUUUUCCUUGCUUGGAUGAUGGGGUUAAAGUUGAAGUUGAGGCAAAGGAAGAUGAUAAAGAAGCUGGUGUGUUGUACUCGUUGUCGAAAGAGAAUGUUGUUGUUAGUUUGAAGGGAGGGCAAGGGAGAGUUGGUGCUGGUGGGUUUGAUAAGAAAGGUUCAAAGGAAAGGAAAUUGAGUAAUGGGGAUAAUAAAAAGUCGAGCUUGUCGGGUUUUUCGAGGAAAGAAAAGGGUUUAUCUCGUUCGAUUGUGCUUAAGAGAAGUAGGGAUCGUUUAGGGGGAAAGGACGGCAGUGAGAAGAAGAGUAUUAAAAGCGUUAAUAGAGAACAUGGUAGUAAGAAGGAUAAAGGGAGUGGUUGCAAAACAGUUGUUGUACAUUCAACUAGUGGAAGGCAAGCUGAAGUGUGUGAGGACAAAGCUCACAAAGUUGAUGGCGGAAAUUCAGUAAUUAGGUGUGGACUUGUUUGUUCAAGUGAAAAGAGGGUUAUGGCUGAGAAACUUGGCCAUGAUUCUGUCGAUAGUUCUCAGAAGUCCGUAAAGAAAGAGGAAGCCAUCUUAAAUGUCAUGGAUAAAAACCUUGAAGUGCUUCUAGAAGGCCAAACCAAUGAUCUAUCAAAGCUAAAGGCUCUUGUUGUGAAUGUGGAUAUUGCUGCUGCUGAAUUUAAUGAGACUGAGGUUUCUAAGGUUGCUGAGACUGCUGGAAAUUGUGCUAAUAAAUCAAAAUCAGGUGCAAAUGUUGAUAAUAAGGGGGUUAUGAAAAGUUAUCCUUCUGAUAUUGAUGUGAAGUUAGAGUCAGAUGGCUUGAGACACUGUACUGAGCAAGAAUCUGUUCCUCACCGAAAAUUUGAAGGCUCUAAUAUGAAUGAAGCUGUUGUGUUUAGUUCUCCUAAGAAUCAAGAUAGCAUCAAAACCUUUGAAGCAGUAAGUGGCAGUCAGCACAUGAGAGAUGAAGAAUUAAUUGAAAAUCAAUCCACUAAAAAACUCAAGAGUGAGGGAGCAGAAAAUUCCAUUGAGUUGCAUAGAACUUUGUCAGGCUCUAAAGAAGUCACAAGAGGUUCAGUAGAAACUUCAAAAUUUAGUGGGGAAAGCUUACCUCCACUGGCCAGUCAUCACAAAAUGGUGUCGGUUGGAAAGUCAUCCUCAGGCACUUCAACUAUUGGCAUCUCCAGAUCAUCUCUGGCUGAUAAAAAUAAGGCCGAUUCUCAGUGCCCUAGUUCAUUUGGCAAACGAGUAUUGUCUAGUGCAUGUAGUAAGAAGGAAAGUGGUCAUCUUAAUCAAGUUAAAGAUGAAGAAGAACAUGAGAAAACAAAAAGCACGUUAAAAGACCAUUCAAAAGUCUCUAGCAAUACCAUUUCGAGGGCAUCACAGUCUGGCAAGACGGUGACCAGUCCUGGUCACAAGCAUAAUACACCUCAAAUAAAGGAUUCUGUGAGGCAUCCAUCUUCCAAGAAGUCAUCAGUUGAUAAUUCAGGUGUUGACGAGAAUCAAAAUACUUCAACUGGAGAAAAUAAAAAUACUGCAGCUGCUGCUGCUGGACAACAUCGAGGUGAUAAAGCUCUUCAACAAAACUUGCAGUCAUCAUCCAAGUCAACUCAGUCAUCCCUGGGCCACCCUCCACCUUCCUCAAGUGCUCCUGCUGGGUUAAGUGAUGAAAAGCUUGCUUUGAUGUUGCACCAUGAGCUUAAUAGUUCCCCUAGAGUUCCUCGAGCAUCCCGCGUACAUCAUGCUGGUAGCUUGCCACAAUCUGCCUCUGCAAUGAGCAUUUUAGUCAAGCGUAGUACUAGUUCAGGCGGGAGAGAACAACAGACUUUUUCAAGAAGAAAGAAUAAGGACGAGUCUCGCAGUUCUCGUGAACAAGAUAGCGAAGUUAAGAAAAUUGACAGAGCACCUUCAUCUCCUGAUUCAGUUAAAACAUCUGAUACAUUUACUCCAGCAGAUGGCCAGAGUGAGUUGAUGCGUUCUUCAAGGAAGAAUACUGAAGAAAUCUCCACAUCAGCACAUAGCGGUCCAUCCUCUACUGCUGCUAAGGAGCGAAAAUCCUCACCUGCUGAAGUUGACACAGGAACCAAUAAGGGUCUUGCUCCACCCAUCCAUCGCACCUUACCAGGAUUACUUGCAGAAAUCAUGGGUGAUGGCAGGCGCAUGACAUAUGAAGAGUUAUGUAAUGCUGUCCUCCCUCACUGGCAAAAUUUGAGAAAGCACAAUGGUGAGAGGUAUGCAUAUUCCAGUCACUCUCAGGCCGUUCUUGAUUGUUUGAGGAAUCGUUCAGAAUGGGCACGCUUGGUUGAUCGUGGUCCUAAGACUAAUGCAAGUCGGAAGAAACGUAAAAUUGAUGUUGAACCUUCCAAUGAGUCAGAGGAUGGUGAGGACAGACCCCGUAGAGAUGGUAAAAGCAAGAGGUUUGAGUCAAGUAAGAAGGAGUUUCCAAAAGGCAGGAGAAAUGUACGGAAGCGAAGGAGACUAGCCUUGAGAGGAAGAGGAGUCAGAGAUGACCGUAAUAGAACGAAGGUAGAGGCAGCGUCUGAUGAAUUUGUCUCGUCUUCUAAUUCCAGUGAAGACAGUGGUUCUAGUGAAGACGACAGUCACGGAAGUGGAAUGUGUGCAGCUAAAAGUGAAGUUUCUGGUAGUUCGGCAGAAAUGGUGGCUGCAACCUAGUCUGAAACACGUAUUCAGUCAAACACCAGGAGGGUUUGAUUCGGUUUUUGAUGGGGUAUCAUUGAACUGCAAUGAGGUGUAUUAUUUCUUGAGAGAGCGGUUUGAGGUUGAUUUGAAAAUAGGUCCAAGCGUUAAAUGUAAAUAACAGUAUAUUACUUCAGUUUGGCGGUGGUGAGGUGGAGGAAUAGGAUACUCAACCAUGGUUGCUUGUGAAGCAAUGGCCUGUCUGUAAUUUUGUAUAUUAUGUUUACUGUUGUGGAAGAAGCUGGAUCGGCACCGGCACAAAGAAACACUGAUGAACACAGGAUAAGCUAGAAGAAUGUAACAUACAGCUUCUCUUAGAUGUGAACAUGUAACCUCUUAAUACAUGAACUAAUCUUAACAUAUGACAUUUAAACUAACUUCGAACUUUCUAAGUUUAUUAGUCCUUAUCUGAGUUUCUUGGCCCUUGUAUAUAUUUAAUUGGCAUUUAUUUGAUAAAUAAUAGACUAAGUAUUGUUUUUUGAUGUAAAAGUGCAAAAUUUAGAGAACACUUGAUUUUCUUCUUGACAAUAUUGUGUGCGUCAAACUCAAAGGUAUAUGAUCUGUCCAUUUUUUUUCUUUCUUAUUUUAUAAUGUUUAUCAAUUGCUUUUAAUUCCUAUUUUUAUAUUCAUAAAAGAAUAAGAGUAUUUCGUAUUGGUGGCUCCAA